AUGGAUUAUUCCUUCUAUUCUACUCCCAACUCGCAGCAGCAGCCUUAUCCACUAUACAACCUACACGGGCUACCCACCCCGGACCAGGGAUCACAUAAUUACCAGCCCUUCGAUCCGAAUUUACGCUUUACGGAUGCUCAUGGCAUUUCUUCUUUUGUCCCUCCCCCGCAUUCGCCGCCCGAAUCCCUGACCAAGCAAUCGGUGUCCAGCAGCGAUGUCGCCAACCCCCACUUCGACCGGGCUUCCCUGGAGGCCGAUGAUCUUCCUGUCGACUUCAACCCGGGCCGAAGUAGCAGCGAGGAGAAGGAUAGCGUGACACCAGCACAGUCUAAGCGGAAGGCACAGAAUAGAGCUGCUCAGCGCGCAUUUCGCGAACGCAAGGAACGGCAUGUGCGCGAGCUUGAGGAGAAAGUCAACAAUCUAGAGCAGGAAUCUAACACCCUGAUGGCGGACAACGAGCGACUCAAGCGCGAGCUGGCCAGAUUCACCACGGAAAAUGAGAUCCUCAAGGCGACGUCCGGCUCGUUCCGGCCGCCUAACCAGCAAUCUAUGGGCUCGGAACCGACGACGACUGGACCACUGCAAUAUUCACCCACCGAUUUCAACCCGGGCUCCGACUCCACGGGCGAGCUUCCGCCGCGCCACAGAGUGACCACCUGUCAGGUCACAGGUGAGCGGCUCCUGGAUGCCGGAGCCACUUGGGAAUAUAUCCAAGAACAUGAGCUUUUCAAGCGAGGGUCGCUGAACAUCGCAGACGUCUACCAACGGCUCAAGGGCGCGGCGCAGUGUGACGGCACGGGCCCGGCCUUCCGCGAGAGUGAGGUGCGCAAGGCCAUCGAGGAGAGCUCUGCCGCAUGCAGUGACGAGUUGAUAUGAUAUCCCUGUUUUUUCUAGCGUAGACUUCUUUUUCUCUCUCGCUCAUUUUUCUUCAAACACCCAUCUACUUGCGAGUUUGAUUUCUGGAUGUUCAUGAUAAGUUUGGCGUUCUGCUUGGUAUAUGAUGGGACGUCCGGUUGAACGCAUCACUAACACACUUACACGAGCACUGGUCGGCAGCGUUCGUGCUCUCAAAAGACGUGGGCGACCUCAUCUGUUCGACCUUCGUUGGCGUUGAAAAGGAGAUCAUCGGAGUAUCGCAACGGUGCCGUGGUCAUAUUACUCGCGAAGUAUACAUACUUGUUGAAAUUUAGGCCAUUCUUACUACAAUUGGAAACACAGGCCUUGAUUCUGUCCACCUACCAUGAGCUUUUU